AUGGCGUCCAAGUCUAGCAUCACCCACCUCCUCUUGGCCGCCGUCCUGGUCUCCGUCUUCGCCGCCGCCGCAGCCACAGGCCCGUAUUGCUACCCGGGGAUGGGUCUUCCGAGCAACCCGCUUGAAGGCUGCCGGGAGUAUGUCGCACAGCAAACUUGUGGCGUCGGCAUCGUCGGGUCGCCGGUAUCCACCGAGCCGGGGAACACCCCGAGGGAUCGGUGCUGCAAGGAGCUUUACGACGCCUCGCAGCAUUGCCGGUGCGAGGCGGUGCGCUACUUCAUAGGGCGGACGUCUGAUCCCAAUUCCGGCGUGCUCAAGGACCUUCCCGGAUGCCCCAGGGAGCCCCAGAGGGACUUCGCCAAGGUGCUCGUUACGCCGGGGCACUGCAACGUGAUGACCGUUCACAACACCCCAUACUGCCUCGGUUUGGACAUAUAA